AUUAUAUUUGUUUCAGCAAGUGAGUUACCGCUCUAGAGGAUUGCAGAUUAACCCAAAUCUCUAUGAGUCUGGAAAAGUAUGUCUUAGUCUCUUAAACACCUGGGCUGGUACUGGAUGUGAGAAUUGGAACCCAGCUAAUUCAACCAUGCUGCAAGUCUUGGUCUCCAUUCAGGCCUUGGUGUUGAAUGCCAAACCAGUUUUCAAUGAACCUGGGCAUGCUAAGUAUGCUAACACUCCUCUUGGGGAGAAGCUAUCUAUGACGUACAAUGAAAAGACUUUUCUGCUAUCCUGCAGAACAAUGCAGUACUCUCUUCGGAAUCCACCAAAGAAUUUUGAGAACUUCGUUGUUGGCCAUUUCCGCAACCAUGGGCGCAAAAUCCUGAAAGUGUGCAAGUCCUACAUGGCCGGUGCCCAAGUUGGUUGCCUCGUCGGAGAUGGCGAGCGGGACGUCAACGAUGGUGGCGCGAGCUGCCCCGCCAACUUCAAGGUCCCGCUGAAGCGGCUACUCGCGGAUCUGCUGAAGGCGUUCUCCAAGAUAGGUGUCGAUUGCGCUGAGUUCCAGGAUCCUGGAGCCGCCAAAGCCACAGCAGAAACCCCAUCGAGCCUGAAGCUGUUCUGCCUUGUGCACCCAGGAGAUCGACGGAUGGAUGGCCGGGAUGGUCGCGGUGCUACAGUGCCGUCCGGCGCGAAGCCGGCAGGUCUGGGUGUUGCCGGUGGAGGUCAGCUCGGCUAUGAGCCAAUGCGCCAGCUUUUGCACCACCAGUCCUUCGACGCGCAUAAGACGUUGCAGGACCUGCAAAAUUGCAGCCUCGGUUUCUUCUCCCCACCUACUAGAAUAACCGCGCCAACCGCCAACUGCCGGCAGCAGCCUCCUCUGGCCAGAAUGGCGGGGGCUCAGAGCCACCUCUACCGUCUCCUCCUCCUGCGCCUCCUCCUGCUGCUCCCCGCGGACCCCGCCGCCACGGCAGCGCCGUACUCCUCGCUCUGCCACUCCCCCGCGGCCGCUAAAGAUGUCCCCGUCUCCGACCAAUCCCCCGGCGGAGCAACGCCCGCUCUCCCUUGGACCUCCACCGGCCACUUCUCCGGCGGCGGCGACCUCCACUUCGCCCACGGCCGGUCCUACGCCCGCGCCUUCUCGUUCCACCCACGCGAGGGCUCCAGUGCCACCGCCGACCCCACCGUCACCCAUCUCUCCGCGACGCUCACCCUCGAGGGGUCCCGCCUCACCCGGCGCCACGGCAGCCGCCCCCACUCCGUCUCCUUCGACCUCGACGGCUACUACUCCACCGCCACAGCCGCCGCCGCGGAGCUCUGCAUGGUCGGCUCCGGCUCCUACGCGAGAGAGGACGGCUCCGGCGUCGUUGUCCUCUCCGACGUCGUGCUCCGCCUGACCGUACCGCGCCCGGCCAAGCUCUCCGCGCCCUUCGUCACGGGCCGCCUCGGGGGCGCCGACUUCAACCCCGUCGCCCUCGUCGCCUACGCCGAGGACGACUACGCGUACAGCGAGGCCGCGUCCUGCCCGCCGGCACCGCCGCCGGCUGGCGCGCGACCGAUGCUCGGCGCGGGGUUCUCGUGCGGCCUCCUCAGGGCUCUGCUCGGAAGAGGCUCCUACGGCCUGGAGUACAGGCCGCCUAGUGGGCGCGCGGCUACGGCGAGCGGCUUCCCGCUGCGGCUGCGCCAUGGGAGCAUUUACAUCAACCAGAUGCGCUGCGCAGCCGACGGCGCCGUGCGCGCGUACAUGGUGUUCUACACCAACACCAACCAACCGGCCGCCUCCCCAUCCAACGACACGGCCGCACGGUGGGGGCGUGGGCGUGGCUUCUUGGUCGGGGACGAGGCGCUCGUCGCCGACGGGUUCUGGGACUCGUCCCGGAGCCGGCUCUGCCUGAGGGCGUGCCGGGUGGCGAGCUCGGGCCGGUCCGGCGCGGACCUAGCCGUCCGCGAGUGCGGGAUCGGGGCCAGCUUCUGGUUCCCGGCCGUGUGGUCGCUCCGCGACAGGAGCGUCGCCGCCGGGAUGAUCUGGAACGCGAGCGGCAGCAUCGACGGCGACGCCGCAAUCUCGGUGUCCACAACCUGGGGCGGCUACCCGUACCAGGUUGCCGGCAUCAAGUACAACUACACCCGGGUGGAGGAGGCCAAGAAGCACCACGACUCCAUGCCGGCGUUGAGCAAGGAGAGGAAGGGCCGGUUCCCCGGCAACUCCUCGUUCCGGGACUUCGCGUUCAGCUUCUCCCUGAAGAAGCGAGGAGGACUCACCGGGUACGCCUGGCCGGUCACGAUCGGCUCGGCCAUGGUCGAAGGCGACGGGCUGGUCGCCGACGCGGCCUUCGCGGCACAAGAGGUGAACAAGCAUAGGCUGUUGAACGUCAGCUACACUUUGCGAUACUAUGCCCCAGCUGCCUACGGGAACUCGCCUGCCAAUUCGCCGCAGCUGCGGCGCGUCUCGGCAGAAGGCGUCUACGACACCAGGGCAGGCUCCCUGUGCAUGGUGGCCUGCCAAGCGAUCAACGUCUCGUCGUCGGAGUCGGACUGCGAGGUGCUCGUCACCGUCAAGUUCGCUCCGAUGGACGCAGUGGCUAGGGAGCGCGCCGUGGGGACGAUCAGCAGCCUAAGAAAGCCGGGCGAGGACCCUCUCUUCUUCGAGGCGCUGGAGUUCGCCGGCGACGGGAUGUACGUGGAGCGGCUGGCGGAGUCGGUCUCCAGGAUGGACAUGGAGGGCAUCAUGCUGGUGGCGUCCAUGGCGCUGUCCUGCGUGUUCACGGCCCUGCAGCUGCGCCACGUGAAGAAGCACCCGGAGGCGCUGCCGGCCAUGUCGGUCACCACGCUCGUCGUCCUCGCGCUUGGCUACGUGAUCCCGCUCGUGCUCAACCUCGAGGACACGUACAGCAGGGACAGCCGCAGGCAGUACUUCGUCAAGCUGACCGGCGACGGGAUGCUGGAGCUGCACGCGCUCGUGCUGCGGGCAAGCGCCGUGCUGGCCCUCGUCCUGCAGCUGCGCCUCCUCCAGUUCGCCCUGUCGUCGCGGCGGCCGGCGGAUCAAGCGGGGAGCAAGCGCGAGGGCUCGUCGCCGUCGCCGUCCGACGCCGAGAGGAGCACGCUCUGGGUAUGCCUGCCGCUGUACGCGCUCGGCGCCGUCGUGGUCUGGAUCGUGCACACGAGCGACGGCCACCUCGGCCUUUCCGCGCCGCCGGGACAGGGAUUGGUGUACGACCUCGCGGCGUACGCGGGGCUGGUCCUGGACGGGUUCCUGCUGCCCCAGGUCGUCCGGAACGCGCUCUCGGGCUCCAGGGUGCGGGUGCUCUCGCCGUGGUUCUACGCAGGCGGCACCGCGAUCCGCGCGGCGCCGCACGCGUACGACGCGUUCAGGAAGCGGGGCUACGUGCCGAGCCUGAGGCCGUCGUUCGAGUACGCGGGCCCCCGCGACGACCUCUUCGGCGCCGGGUGGGACGUGGCCGUGCCGUGCGGGGCGGCGCUGCUCGCCGCGCUGCUCUUCUUGCAGCAGCGGCUCGGGGGCGCCUUCUUGUGCGGGUCGAAGAGCAGAGGGCCAGGAGAAUACGAGAUGGUGUCCACCAGGUCCUAGUUGGCGUGACUGCGUGCGCCGACGAGACAAUUGUGCAACGGUCGUGCACCUAAAGUCGUAUCUUUUUACUGUUUGGUGAUGUUUAGAUUUGGGAUAAGAUUUUAUCCCACAAACUGGUUUUGCGGUCGACCGCGGAGCGCUCGCAACAGUCAACGCACUGCGUGGAGCACGUGGCAGGACCAACAACAGCUGUCCGCUCCACCCCAUAAUUUGGCUACAUUUUCUACUUUUCUUUACCCCUUCCCCUUUUCAUUUUCUAUUUCUUGCGUAGUUCGAGUUGGUGACUAAGUUUGUUCAUGAAAAGUUUCUUCCAAACUAGGUAUUAAGUUUUGCUUCAAAAAAUUUUCCUUUUGAUUUUUUGUUCUCCAAAAGUUAUAUUUAAAAUCUUUGUCUCCCAUGUUUGAUCUAAAAUUUUUGCUUCCAAUUUUUUUUGCUAUGGAACUUUUACUCCGGAAAGUUUUCUCCCAAAUUGUUUUUAAAUUUUAUUUUCCAAAUUUUCUCCUAAAAUGUUGUUUCAUAUUUUUUCUGAAGUUUCACUGAAAGUUGCUUUAAAAAUUUUCCCAAUUUUUUUGCAAUUUUUUGUUUUUGACCUUUUAUAAAGUUCUUCACUUUCUACAAUUUCUGUCUUUGUGAUUUGAUCAAACUUGUGUAUAUAAAUAUUUACAUGUAA